AUGUCUCUCCUCGCGAGGACCUCUCGCGCCGCGUUCAGCUUCUUGGGAUCGUCCCAAGGCACCCGCGCGCUCCGCCUCGCGUCCACCGCCGCUCCACCGCGCGGUCACCACCUUCACACCGCCCCGCGCCACCUCCCGGCGAGCCACCUCGCGCGCCCCUCCACCGCGCCCUCUUUCGCGACGCGCGCAAUGUCCUCUGGCAAUGACCAAGCGACGACGCACGUCCCCCCCGCGCCCGGCGUGAGCAAGCUCUACGCCGCCGAGCCCGUCGCCGGCAGAUGUGCCCUGAUCACCGGCGCGUCCAGCGGCAUCGGCCAGGCCACCGCGGAGAGGCUCGCCGAGCUCGGAUGCCGCCUCGUCGUCGCCGCGCGACGGAAAGAUCGCCUCGACGCGCUCGCGACGAGGCUCGCGAACGACUUCGGAGCGAAGGUCCACUGCGUCGCGCUGGACGUCACCGACGUCGACGCGGUCAUGUCUCUCCCGUCGGCACUCCCCGCGGAGUUCGCGGACGUCUCCAUCCUGGUCAACAACGCGGGCGGCGCGCUGGGCACCGCCAAGUGCACCGAGAACAACAUGGACGACGUCGCCACCAUGCUGGACGCCAACGUGAAAGGGGUCGUCGCGUGCACCAGAGCCUUCUCCCCGGGGAUGGUGGAGCGCGGGUGCGGGCACGUGGUGAACAUCUCGUCCAUCGCGGGCGUCGAGUGGUACGGCGGCGGGUCCGUGUACUGCGCCACCAAAGCCGCAAUCAACGCGUUUACGUACGCGUCCAGAAAGGACCUCCACGACACGCCGUGCAAGAUCACGUCAGUGUCCCCGGGCUUCGUCAACACCGAGUUCGCCACCGUGCGGUUCAAGGGGGACAAGGGCAAGGCGGACAACGUGUACGCGGGGAUGAAGUACGGCGGCCCGUUGCUGGCGGAGGACAUCGCGGAUAACAUCGUGUACGCGUUGACCAGGCCGGGGCGGGUGCAGGUGUGCGACAUGCUCGUUUACCCCACGUGCCAGGCGUCCGCGAGGGACAUCGCGCGGGAGUGA